GUGGUGUUUACAGAAAUGCCGAAAUAUCCCGAGGACGUGAGAAGCGUGAGCGUGCCGCCGCCAGGCCGCUGGGCGUGGAGCGACGAGUCCCAAACGGUGGAGUUGGUCAGUUCUGGUCAGGCAGAGGAGGGUGUUUUGAGUGAAAGGAGGCAAACCCACGACGAUUUCAAAGAUCUUCAGCGGCGCGCAGAAUGGUUGGCCGAUGUCCACACAUCGAACCCUAGAGGGCGCCAAAGCAUUAGGAAGAGCCUGAGCCCCGCGCGUCUGACCGCGUACAGGUCCUCGGUGAUGAAGAGGCGGGGAGACCGCGUCUCCAUUGAUGAUGUUAAACACGUGGCUGUCAGUUUGCUACAGGAGCAUUAUUCGCUUCCCAUUCCAUUCUGCUUCUUGGCUAUAUUGAAGAGUAAAGAGCUUGAUGAAGUCCUGGCUGCCCUUCUCCUUUACCUGUCUUAUUUCUUUGAACACAAGUCUCUGGAAAAUAAACCUAAGCCUGUAUCGGGUGUAGACAUCAUCGCAGAGCACCAGAUGACGGUGGAGACUUUGGCCAAAAAGGAGAUAGCUCAAAAGAAGCUGGCUGUCUCUUACUUCACUCUGGAGCUAGAACAGCAUCAACAAACAGCAUAUCAGAAGGUCCACAUGUCAAACAGUACAGAAUGGCUGCUACAUGCGUGCAUGUACAGCUUCUACUGUUUUGUGGCCUGGGUGACGUUUGGCAGGAAGGACCUGAGAGACAUCCAAGAGGAGGUUGGGCGCCUUUUGUACUCGGACACCUUCCAAACGGCAGUGAGGAGCGGAACUGAUGGGGACUCAGGAACGACCUCCACUACUCUGGGUAGUUCAGCGAAGACGGGAGAAGCUGACCCCAGGGGGAUGGGAUGUAAUGGCACAUUCAAGCACAGGACAUCCGAUAGGCGUCCGGCCCUCAGCAGCGUAGUUGAUCAGCGUUCCCCACUCAUGGUGUCUCUGCUGCCCUCACCCAAAGAGCAGUCCCCCCAUCUGUUCCUCAGCAGCCGGGCCAGGAGGCAGAGCCUGCUGCAGAUCGAGCACUGUGACACCAAGGCCCUGACGGAGGAGCUCAACCAGCAGCUGGCCAGCGUCAGCUUCGGGAUUCUUGGCAAGCCACUGAGGCAGUUCAGCCUCAUUACCCUGAUACCCUAUGGAGAACAGAAAAACAACAGAGAUGAGGAUGAGGACCAUGAACCAGACAGUGAUGUUAAUAACAACAGUGAGGAUAAUCUUGGCAUCCAUGUUCGGGGAAGCAUGUCAUCCUUCGAGGGGCCCAAGUCGACCGGCCCUGCCAGAUAUGGCAGCACCACCCACAUAAACACUAGAAACGCAGCAGCUACCACUGAGGCAGUGACCGCAAAUACUGAAUGAGUUGCAUUUGUAUGUGUAAAAGAGGCCGUGUUUUGAGUGUUUCCAUUGGUUUAAUGCAGGCAUGUGCUUAUGUUUGCAAAUGCAUUCCUCAGCACAGCCCACGGGGCCAAAAACAGAGAGACAGAUUCAGGUAGCAGCUGAGUUUUCAUUCUGCUUUACUCUCGUGUGGCUCAUAUUCAAAACACCUCCCCGGACUGUCAUCACAUGCUGGGAUUUGCCUCUGAAUUUAAAUCAGUUUCUUAUUUGCCAGCUGGUGGUGCUGUUGAAUAAAAUAUCAUGAAAUCCAUAA